CCCUGGCCGGGCGCGCCCCGCCCCGGCCCGCUGGUGACGUCACUGCCGCGCCGCCCAUCUUCGCGGCCUCCUGUGCCCACUGCGCAGCUCCGCGGACCCUCGGUCGCCCCCGCCAAAAUGUCUGCAAGUGUGCCUUCAGGUUCUGGCACUGCCACUGGCAGUAAUCGAAGACUACAGCAGACACAAAAUCAAGUGGAUGAGGUGGUGGACAUCAUGAGGGUCAAUGUGGAUAAGGUGCUAGAGAGAGACCAGAAGCUCUCUGAGCUAGACGACCGUGCAGACGCCCUGCAGGCUGGAGCUUCUCAAUUCGAAACAAGUGCUGCCAAGUUGAAGAGGAAGUACUGGUGGAAGAAUUGCAAGAUGUGGGCGAUAGGGAUUGGCGUCCUGGUGAUCAUCAUCAUCAUCAUCAUUGUGUGGUCUGUCUCUUAAUGAAGAGCCGGUGAAACUCAAGCCUGCUGUUGGGAAUCCUCUUGAAGACUUUCGACUUAGAACUUGCUCUAUUAUCAAGCUUACCUACUGUUAUUUGUAAAAUGAUUAUUUUUGUUAGUUCACAUACAGUUCAGUUUGUAGGAAAUGUGCCUUUUUUGGAAUAUGCACUCCAAACUUGAGGUGUGGCCAGCCCUGCCACAUUUUGCACAGUGCCUUUUUGCAGAUUCACAUGAGGCUGGAGAGGAGUUCUUAAGCCCUGCAGCGUUGUAACCAGACAUAAUGUCACAAAGUACCUGCAUUGCUUCCAGAUAUGGGAAUGGUUCCAAGUUAGCUAUCAUGGAUUGUACCUUCAGAACCACCUUUUAAACCUCACAUAACCAGACUUCUAUCUGUGCCUUCCAGAAAGAACACUACCAUCUAUUGCAAACCUGUGACAGUCACAGGCUGUGCCUUAUUUUUGAUACAUUGCUGGUUCCCUAGGCUAGCCCUUUCUUUUUUGUAAGCACUACUGACUCACUGUGUUUCAACCCAUGUGCUGGUAAAGAGAUAAGCUUUUAGAUAGGAAGAUGUUUUUCUUCUUUCAUAUCAUUUGCUAAGAUCUUACUUUAAGCAGAAAAAAACCUUUUUGAAAAGUUUUUAUAGAACUCUAUGACCAAAGCUUCUCUUUUGCCAAAAAGCUGAAUAUAAAUAACAUAUCCUCAGCUCUGUCCCAGACAGAUGAAUUUAGCAAAGUGCCAAAUAGAACUUAAGGUGCCUUUCAGAAGGACAAUGUUAAUACUUGUACAUCUCAGCCUUCCAUGCCUGUGAGAUGCUGUAGAGAAGGCGGCCUUCCUUCCUGACAUGGCUUUUCCCACAGGGGUUAGAAAUUCGAGCCUCUUGCCAUCUUGUGCUGUGUACUCCAGUGUGCUUUUUAACAAUUAUGUGACAUCAGUUCUGAAGCCCUCAAGUAAGUCCAUCUGUGAACUCGAUCGUUUCUUGGCCCAGUCUUCAAAGACCAGAGCUUUUGAAAUUUGCUUCCUAUUUUUACUCACAUUCUACUUCCUAAAUCAGUCUUCUAAUUAUGCUUGGGGUAAGGCUUUGGCCACCACGUGCGACUAAACAGUGGACAGCUAACCAGAGACGCUCGCUUUAUUCAGUGUCCUACGCUGCACAGGCUGCUGCUUUGGGAGUAGCUGUUGCCAUCCGAAAGAUGUUUAACAUCAGGGUGUGGGCUUAAAGGAAGCAGAGGGAGGAGAAACGCUGCACCUGCUCUAUGGUCCUUUCUGUUAGAAUACUCUAAAGUUCUGGCUCACACACAAAACCACCACAGCCCAGGAGGCCAGAACACAGUUCUGCUUCUUUAGUACUGCUCCCUAAUCUCAUUGAAAUGACUGGAUUUUGUCAUGUCUUGCAGUAUACCCACUGUGAGAAAGCAGCUGUCAGGGUCAGACCCUCAGUACUCCCAGCCCAGGGGCUCAGGCUGGCCUGACUGAGACCUCCAUGCUCUCCCCAUGGCCCUGACACCCAGUCCCUAGAACCCACAGGCUCCUGUGUUUACAUAAUACCUGGCUGUGUCUGUGCAUUUAGCUGGGAACCUUCCCAGUGUCAUGACCUGAAUAAAGCGUUUAUAAACAG